AUGCCAUCGGCAGCACUUGCAGCCAGGCCCCUGACGCGAGAAGCUGCUCGCCGGGCGGGUGCCGGGCUUGCGAAGCAGGCCGCCGGGGUCUACAAGGCCGUCGUGCAAGGCCCUGAGGCGGAGGCGGCAGGCUACGGAGUGGAAGUUGCACAGUUCACGCAGGCGCUGCCUUAUUUGAGCGAUGCGCAGCUGGUGCAUUGCUCGAGCCACUUUGGCCUGCGUGGCCGGGCAGUUGGUGACGUUGCCUCUGCCGUGGCUUCGGAGCUCUCUUGGCGCAUCAAGAAGACGCCGGGAGGAGAAGCUUCGGAAGACGCCGCCCCUGCCCGGCUCAGCCAGAACUUGAGGUCUGAUGAAGUGACGACCGUGUUCUACGCCUUCUCAAAGGUUGCACCGCAGCUGCCGGAGUACCGGUUGCUUUACGAUGCGAUCGGCGAUGGCUUGCUUGAGGGUCUGUGGACCCUCAAUCGCCUACAAUCGGUGUUGAUUGCCACGGCACUAGCGGACACGGAUACCCGCCUGAACGAUGCGUUGCCAGCGGUGUUGCAGCCGCUGUUAGUGGAAUUGGUCGAGAGCCCCGAGGUCAGUGAGGACUUCACAGUGGACACCCUCCGCUUCCUGGUCCAUUCAGCUGCUCGGCUCCCAGGGGGACUCACCGGCAAGGAGCUGGAGGCCUUGGCAUCUUGCACCAUCUUGCGUCUGGGCGGCGGCUUCUCUAAGCAGGCACACCUGAUGCUCUCGUGGCUGAGGUUAGUGCCAACCCCCUCCGCCAAAGAGGCUUACUUCAAUGCCUUACGAGCAUGUGGCCAAGCGCUGACAAAGCACCAGAAGUCGCACAUACCCGCACAUCCGUUGCCCAAAGAAGGCCUUGCACCCCUUGUGGCAGAACUUCUGGCGCGUGAGGCUGAGCAAAAUGCUCCACCUCUUACCCCGCCAGUGGUGCAGGACGUUGUCAAGGGACUCGUUCGAAUUAGCUGGGGCGUGCACCGCCACCAGUUUACGCAGAACCGAAGCAGCCCAAGCAGGAGCCUGUCUAUUGAUGACUGGGCCGAGAUUAUGUCUAGGUUAGUCAAGUACUGCGAGGCCCACAGCAUCUUUCAAGAGGCCGCUGCCACGCCUUCGAGCUCCUCCAGCAAUCGAAGCACGUUGACGCUGACAGCGCCGACACUUCUACCCAACUGGGCAGCACAGGCGCUCUUCCAUGUGCUUUGGCGAGCGCAGCAACAAGAAAUUCCUCGAAGUUCACCAGACAGAUUAGUGCAGCUACCUUCGUUGCUCACUUUGCUGAGAUUGGUGAGACGAUUUCGCAGAAACGUCCAGCCUGAGCCACAGUUUUUUGCUUGGUCAGUUCGCCUGGUGGAUGUGCACCAGCGCACUGGAAACAUAGAGGACAGUUUGCUGGCUGAUGUGGUCAACGAACUCGUUCCGCUGCUUGAAGAGAAGGAGAGAGCCAAACUCACACGAAUAAUUACGGCAAGACCACAAAGCACACGCAGCAGCACCGAAGCUCAGCUCCGACAGCCGUCCAUGACUUUAUCUCACUCUCUUCAGGAACAGGCACAGCCACCGCUGCGCCUUCUACAAAGGAGUGAGGAGGAAGCGGCAGACGUAAAGGUCGUGCUCGCGCCGGCUGCCCACACGCAGCCUGUGCCACAGCCCAGACAGGGCACUGCGCUUGCUGCGAGCUUGGCCGCUGGUGGCCGGCUGUGGGGUUUGCUCGCGGCCCAGGCCCAGGAGGCCCAAGGGGCCCAGGAGGCCCAAGGGGCCCAGGAGGCCCAAGGGGCCGAAGAGGCUUUGGCUUCAGGAAUGGCCCUGGCCAAGCCGGCCUCGCACGCAGAGUUUACGGAGGCUCAAGGCCUGGUGACAGAUGCACGCAUCGACGUGGCAGCUGCCGAGCAGUCACAAGAGCACGUUGCGCCUGCGGCAAAUGCGACAGUGGAGGAGCUCCAGCGAAUGUUGCAGAGCGCGCUGUUGCGAGUUGAGGCACUGGAGUCCAAGCUGGCGGAUCAGGAGCGUGACAGCGCCAAAGCGAAUGACGAGCGCGAGACGCCCUCGUACGACGAGACUCAUCACAAGAUCUGUGGGCACAGCGAUGGAUGGCUCACGCAGGUUCUCGAGAGCGUCGAACCUGUCGCGGAGAAGAUUCAGCCGUCGCCGGCCGCAGCAACUCUACACCUGAGUCAAGCCUUCAACUUUGAGCAGUUCCGCCGUGCUCACUCAGCAAGGCUGGAUGCGGAGCGCAUGCGCGUCAUCGUCCCUCCCGGUCACUUCCCUCUGUGGCCGAUCUUGAAGAGGUAG